CGUACCGCCGCCAUGACGGUCACGUGGCCGGCGGGGAGGGUUUGGAGAUGCUGCAGCUGCUGGAGAAGCUCCCGGCGGGACGGGCCCCCGAGUUCCUUCAUAAAGUAGUUGAUGGCAUAUGUGGCCGUGCAUAUCCUCGAUACCAAGAUUAUGGCACCAUUUGGAGCUUGUCAGAGUGGAUGGAGGUUUUAGAAGAAACAAUGGCCUAUUUCAAAACUGCAGUUGGCAAAAACAUAUCUGAUGAAGAGGCUGCUCAGGAGAUAAGUGAGUUAAAUUCAGACUACCAAGAAGCAAUCACAAAAUGUCUGAAGGGUAGAAAGGAAGAAAUCAGGAAUGCCCUAGUGGAAAGCGUAAAUGGAAUCUCUUCUGCCCAGCUGCAGGAUUUUGACUGGCAGUUAAAGCUUGCUCUCUCCAGUGACAAGAUCUCCAUGCUGCAAAUGCCACUCCUCAAUCUUGAUUUGGAUGUGAGAGAAAAUGGUGAAAUUAAGCCAAUUUCUAUAGAGAUGAAUAAGGAAGAGUUGCAGAACCUAAUAAAUGCACUGGAAGCUGCUAAUAAGAAGGAAUCUCACUGGACCUGGACAUUGCUAUUCUACUUUGUGACUACAGGCAGCUGAGGAAUGGAUUGUGUGCAGGAAAGGGCAAAGAAAGUUAUUGGAAGUGAUAGUUGUGUGAGGUUGUAAAAGAGAGCUGAGAGAAGGGAUGGUGUGCUUUUCAGAGCGAAGACAUGGUUAUUCAGUAGUAUAUUACACUGAAACAGAAAGCAAAAAACUGCAUUUCAUAGACUGGUUAAGUUUUG